GAAGAAAGCAGGGGGAAUCUCCAAAGUCCCUGGAGGAAGAGGAAAGCCAGAGAGACUUGGAGGGACUGUCUGCUGGCACAGGAGAAGGGAUGAAGUCCAAAGUGCUCAUCCCCUGAGCUCCUUGACUUUCCACACCCAGUAUGCUCACUGCUUCAGGGAGAUGGGCUGAUGUCCUUUUCCCUUGAAAUCUUUGCUGCCAUUUCUGCCAGGAAAUGUGGCUGUCCUCUUUCUGCAGGGGGUAAAUUGAGUACCUGUGAGCAACACUUCCAUGUUCCGUUAGUGAAACAAAGUAGCUCACUCCUGAUUACCCGUUUCCGUGCCAAGUGGCUUGCAGCACUGGGUUCUUAAUUUUAUCCAUAGCUGCGCUAACAACACACGCUGCUGUGCUGCUGGCAGGCAGCCUCCUCACCACAGCCACCGCCUCGUGAUCCCGGGACGUAGAGAGAUUCGGCGUAAUAACUAAUAAUAAUACUAAUAACAAAGUUGUAAAAAUGUACUGUAAAUAAAUGUAACCCGAGAAAUAAACGAGAGAAGUCAGCGCACGCUCCCGUCUGUACGCGUGUAAUUGCUCUGUGUUACACUGCGGCGCUCGGAUGCGGCGCUCGAGGCAUUCCGCGCCUGCGCACUCGGCCCGCUCUGCGGCGCCCCGGCCCCCGUCCUGCGCCCCCUCGCGGCCGGCGGUGCGGGGCCGACAUGGCGGCGCGGCGGCUGUGGGCGCUCCUGGCUGCGCUGCGGGCGGGGUGGUGCCUGCUGCCGCAGGCCGGCUACCUGCACCCCGACGAGUUCUUCCAGUCGCCCGAGGUCAUGGCAGCUCUCCGUGCAGAACAGCUGUUUUCCCAUUAGCGACCUCUGGAGUUGCCUACUGGGUGCUGAAGGCGUUGCAGCAGCUGGAUGUGUGCUCGCGGUGUGUCAGCGCCUACACCCUUCUUGUGGCUCCUCGCCUUCUCCUUACGCUCUUUUCUUUUGGACUCGACUACAGCGUGCACCGAUUGGCUCCUGUGUGGGGAGCGGAGCCGUGGCAAGCACUGCUGCUGCUCGCAGGGUCCUACGUCACUUUGGUGUUUUAUACGAGAACGUUCACCAACACACUGGAAGGAUUUCUCUUUGCACUUCUGCUGGUGUUGGUUUCCUCCACAAAAUCUGCCGGCAGGGUCACAAGGCCUGCACGCAGCCCUCUCAUAGGUGUUGUAACAGCUGCGGGGUUUUUCAACAGGCCGACUUUCCUGGCGUUUGCACUGAUGCCCCUGCUGUGCUGGGCAGGCUUAAACGCUGACUCCCGAAAGAGCAUUAAAGCUCUCAUAAACCCCUUUUGGAAACUUAUCACCUGUGCGUGUUUUACUGCCGUUGUUUUUAUAACAGCCGACACCAUGUAUUUUACCUCAGUGGGCUGGGACAGCCUUUUCAGCUUUACGAACGGCAGCCUGUCCGAUGUCAUAGCUCAGGUAAACCACAGAGUGGUGGUGACCCCUUUCAACUUUCUCCGCUACAAUCUCGAUUCUCGUAACCUUGCACAGCAUGGAAGUCACCCACGAGUUACACAUUUUGUAGUUAACGGAGCACUGCUCUUUGGGAUCUUACACCUCCUGGCCGUCGGUGCCGGUUUUAAAAUGCUAAAGAAAUACAUCCAUCAGUCAGUGCGGGUCGGAUCGUAUUACCGUGGGUCACCCAGGUUGUCAGUGCCGUCCGAUGGCCAGCCAACGCUGCUGCUGUUUUAUUUUGUUCCUUUGGCGCUUCUGUCCCUAUUCAGCCACCAGGAACCUCGGUUUCUCAUCCCUCUCAUCUUGCCCUUAGUCCUUUUCAGCGCGUCACAGAAUAGAGCUAUGAAGUGGCAACCCAUCAUUAUCAUUUUUAAUGUCCUCGGGGCUUUCCUGUUUGGGUGUCUGCACCAGGGGGGACUCAUACCGUGUUUGUUUCACUUGGAGCACCUCGUGCAUUCUUUGGAGGCCUCAAACCAUCCAAGAUGCUAUACUCUGCUCUUUGCUCACACCUACAUGCCUCCUAGGUCUCUGCUCAAUAUUGAGAAGAAAGACACGCAUGUAGAAGUGAUUGAUAUGGCUGGGUCUGAAGAGGAAACCCUCUGCCAAGUGGUAGGACAGCACGCAAACAAUGGCACCUGCGGCGACUGUCACUUUUUGGUGAUAAUCCCUGGUACAGUCAGAGCCACAAUUUCCAAAUGUGGUGUCCUGCUCAAGAAUGAGACUCUGAUAUUUCCACACUUAUCAAUGGAAGAUCCACCACAAAUAUCCUUCCUAUUCAGUGAAAACUGGAGAAGUCAGUUAGGACUAUACAUCCUUCAGCUAGGCAGAGCUCAGCAGAGCCUUUAGAUCUCAGAACAUUCUACGUUUCCACUUUCCCUCUGCCCAAAUGUGCUGUCAGACCUUCCUCUUCGAAGUCCUGUGCUCAGCACAGGCAGAGCUGCUGUGAGCUCCUCAGUUCCCCCCCUUCGUGCUCAGUAUAGCCACCUCUACCAAGAUUUGAAUCAUUCAGUCCCUGUGGUGUUUCUGAGGAGCUUGCCUCAUUUUCCUGAUGAGAGAGGAUGAACCCAGAGACCACAGAAACCAAUUUGAGCUUCAUUCUUUUCAUGUGAGAUAGGCAUUAAGAGUUCUUGCAAUCUCACAUAGAGGGUUUGUGGGCUGCGUUACUGAAAAUAGGCGUUUAACUCAUCUGCUGGAGAGAAGUUACUAGACUAGGAGAGCUUCAUCUAAUUCAGUAUGGUUUUACCCUUAUGCUCUUGAAAUUUCAGACCCUCCUCUCUGUGGCUAUACCAGUCACGAUACGGACACCAGUGUUACAAUAUGGUUUGAGGUAUUUCUGUCCUGAAAAAUCCCCAGUAUUGAUGUAACAGAAUCAGCUUUAGAACAUGGAAGAUGCUUUGGCACAGGCAUUUAUGCUAAAUCCUAAAAUUGAAGUAUUAUUUUGCCUGUUUAGUGUUUCUUGCCACAGUUAAAUCUCUGUGGAUGUCCUACAUACGUAUUAUGCACAGCAACGUGAGGAUGCUGCUUGAUGUAAUUAAGUCUGCCUACUACUUAGCUACUCCAAAAAGGGCAGGUCCCUUCUUGUGUUCCAGUGGUGUUUUGCAGCUGUGACUCUGGGCACUGUGAUGUACUGCUUCAAGGAUCUACACAGACAGAUCUGAUACCUUGCAGGGGUUUGAUCCCCAAUGUGUGUUUGACCAGAUGGACCCCUGAGCUGACCACGGGCUUAGAGGAGCACCAGUUCUGUCACAGAUGAGUGUGUGAGGUUAAAGGGGGAAAUUGCGUCUUGUGGGCCCCCCCAUCCCCUUUCCAUAACAGCUCCAUAUUCAGCUUAGUUGGAAUGACAAAUCACAUCCUGGCACUCUCAUAGAGAGCAGUCUCAUUUUAAAGUAGGAUGCAAAUAACCCUCAGCUGUAGCUGAGGAUGAUGCACAUGCUUAGUAUCACUGCACAACUAAACAUCUAAGUUUUUGUGUUGAUGAACUUCUGAAUCCAAAACCGUGCUGACAUGGAGCAAGAUACUAAUUUGGUACGUUUGUCAAGGCCCUACAAAGGCCCUGUGAAAUGAAUCUACAUGUUAAUUCUUUCUGCUUAUGGUGGUAGGAAAGCUUUUUGUAGUUCUCCAUCUGUGCAGCUUUUCAAAAGACCUUACUUGCCAGUUUUUCAAAAGGGACAAGAAUUAUUGUUGCAAGACUCUAAAGGGAAGCUAGGAAAAACCCAUGUGAAGGACUUGCUUGUAUCUCCACAAUCAAAUGAAUGAUUGAGAUUGUUAAGAAACCUUCUCAUAAAGCAUUUUGCAUCGUAAGUCCCCUCUGUGUGCUCACCAUGAACCCCUCCACCCCUCAUUGCUGAGGCCUGCAUACUGAGGGUGUGUGCUUUUUGGUGAGGCAGCAGCAGAGUGGCUGCACCAAUGACUCAUCCAGUAGCAGAAGGAAUUACAAAAGCAUCACAGCGACUCACAAAUGUAUAUUCUAAGUGAAUGUCCUUUUUGCUCUUUUAAGUUGGGACAACAGCAUUGUACCAAAAUUUGUAUUCCGUGUCCUGGUUACUGUUCUCAGCUAUUCCUAAACAGCUAUAAAGUUUGAUAACUGUUUUGAAACUGAUGAUCUUAUGAACUUACGGUAACUGUUAAACUUAUGAUCUCUGUACAAAUGGAAUAGAUCUUGAAAUUUCCUGGUUGUGAUGGACCAGUUCCACAGCAUGAUGAGUUUGUACCACUCACAGGUCACCUGGGGUGGAGCCAGGCAGAGACCCUAGGCUACAAAUAAUGAUUCAGACUGAAAAUA